UUUUCAGUCAAUGCGGUUGGAAACCAUUCAGGUAACAGCUCUAGAUCUCCGACCCCACCUCCUUUGAGUUCGCAGUGGGACACGCCGCCAGUGGAAUCAAGUCAAAACUUUUGGAAGCAACACCUUGUCCAGAUCACAUACUUCCCAUUCUUCUGACUCUGUGGCAAGGAGCAGCAUUACAAACAACAGCCACCCAGCUCCUGGAAGCAACACCUCAUCUAAAUCUUCCCAUUCUUCUGACUCAGUGGCAAGGAGCAGCAACAACACCCCAGCUCCUCCUCUGGAUCCUCCCCUGAGUUGUGGAUCUAGCAGCUCAUUUGUGACACCAUCAAGCUCCAAAAUCAAAUAUAUGAACAAUAAAGUGUCUCUGCCGCAAAGUUCAAAUUCCAAAACAGGGUACAAGUCUCCUCCUGGCCCGGCCUCUCCUUCAUCAAGUCACAGAAAGAGCCAGUCUGAAAUUGAAUCAACGAGAUUCACUAAAGAUCACGACCAUCAGAAUUAUAUUAAGUUAGGAAAGUACAUCAGAGAAAAGUUCCAUAACCAGCAAAUAUGUGAUGUAGCCUUUAAGGUCGGGGACAAACUAAUUCCUACCCAUAAAAUUGUAUUGGCUUCACAAAGCCCACUCUUUGCUACUUUAUUUGAAGAGAAGGCAUUUCAUUAUGAUGCAGCUACCCCUAAAAUUAUAAAAGUGCGGGGAGUGGCAGAAAAGUCAGUACUGGCAUUUCUAGAGUUUUUAUAUUCUGGAACAAUUGAGAUCGAGCCAACCACCAUUUCUGAUCUCCUCAAACUUUCAAGUGCCUUUAAAGUCCAUGAUAUUAAAAAACUGUGCAUGAAUCAUAUAACUCUUGCAAGUUAUGAAGAAUUGCUGAAAAUUCUAACAAUUGUCAAAAGCAUCAAGGAAGAGGAUUAUUGCGAGAAAAUCUUAAGUGUGAUAGCAAAGAACUUUAUCAAAGUGAAAGAGACUAGCUCCUUUUAUGAAUUAAAUAAAGAGACACUAUGCUUGAUCCUGGAACAGGACUCAUUAAACACAAAGUCAGAAUUGGAUGUUUUUACCUCCGUUAUUUCGUGGAUACAGCACCACGAUUAUGAAGUUACAAUUCAAUAUUUUGAGGAACUCUUAUUUUACGUCAGGUUCCCUCUUAUGUCUCAAAAGGAGCUGUUCAGAUGUUUUAAAAUCUUUAAACCUUUACGUAAUUACAAGAAAGUUGUUGAGAUGAUCGCUAUGGCCAACUGGAUUCAGACCUCCCAAUCUUUAGAUCAGGAUGAUCCAUUGGAGAAUCAGCUUCCUAAGGAAAGGAAUGGUACAGCAAGCAGUCCAAGUGUUAACAGCUUCAUAAAAACCAAUUCGAGCACUGUCAUGAAGGAGCCCCCAUUGGAAAUACAGAUGUGUCCAAUGCCAGACAGUAUGGCUCAUGAUCUAAAUAUGCAUGCUAGAUCAUCAUCAAGUCAGGACUUUGCUCAGGUUGAGAAGUAUGAAGCCCCAAAAAGCAAAACCUUCACACGCAGGAAGGUCAAAGACCUUAAGAAAGAAAACAUCAGGAGGACUGGAAGAAAAAUUCCGAAGGAUUCCCCCAUUCGACAGCUAUCAUCCUUGAAUUUUUAAUUUUCUGUAAUUCUGCAAUCAUUAUUUGUUUGUUUAAUAAGUGUUAAAUGUAGUUUUAGUAUUCUGUUUUAUUCUGUUCGUCAGGGGUUUUUAAUCUAGCAUUAUUUUUAAUUUCUUAAAAUUGAAGUAAUA